AGGUUAUACUCGGUUUUUUAUUAUGAUUAAAUCGUUAUUGAAUGUACUUUGCGGUCAUGUAUGCGGUUGCGGUCCAAACCGCACCAAAUCACUAAUUUAUGCGGUUCGAUUAGACCGCACCAAUUAGAUUGCGGUCUUGUAUGCUGCGCGGUCCAAUUAUUUGCGGCGAUGCAGUUUAUGUUAAUGUGGUGUGGUGCGGUUUGGACCGCACCAAUGCCCACCCCUAGUUCACACGCUUCCUUUUUCUCAUGAAAAGCAAAAAUUACAUCGACCGUAGCUAGCUAGAUACAUUGUCAUUUUGUUCAUUAUUAGUAUUUGUUUCACUGCUUCAUGUUUUUGCGAACGUGGCCCCAAUUACGACCGUUGCCUCGUCAGUGAGAAGGAAAAAAUGGAAAUCUAAUUAAGGUUCACCCAAUGGUAACCAUCAAACACACGAGUUGAUGUCACAGAGACGAAAUCAUUAGAAGUAACAAACGCCAACUUAUCAUCAUAAACCUGCCUCAGGGAUUGGAUAAAGUGUGUCACGUUUCGGACAUCAAUUGGAUGCACAGAUUUUGCGGUCGUUUUCCGACGGAACAGCGGCCGGUCGGCCCCCCUGAAGUUCGGAGCUGUUAACGUCCCGCAGCUGACAGACAAUCUCUAUAAGUGUUUGUGUUUUUCUUCUUCUUCUUCUUUCCUAUUGAAGAUGAAUAAGUUGACAGAAGCCAAAAGGGUUUCCAUCAAAGCAAAUCAACAGUUUAUUAUUCAAAACAAGAUAGACGAAACGAGAAGGUAUCUUAGUUUUUGUCCUUGUAAGCGGCAAAGUCAAGACCCCGACACUUCUCGGUGACUUGCACGGACCGAUCUUUUCAGUCCGGACAGAAUCUGGCCCAAUAUCUUUCACCGGGGAAAUAAAAUAAAACAAUAAUAAAAAAAAUUAUGAAUUUCCUAUAUAUAAUAAUAAUAAUAAUAAUAAUAAUAAUAAUAAUAUGUAGGUUGUUUUAAUCUAAAACGACAAUGUAUGUAACAUCUCGAACCUUUUCCAACAAUAUACUGUCGGUUAUGGGUCCAGGCCCUCAAAGAAUUUGUUUAGGGUGCAUAUGAAGGUAAAUUUUGAUUAGGUCGCCCAUCAUUGCACUGUUACACAGUGUACACGUUUAAUUUCACAGUUCUUACAAGUUACAAGAACUCUUCAUUGCAGCAAAAACGUGUUUUAUCGGUUAAUGCUGCCAGUGUUUUACUUAUGAAUCAUAAAUCUAACCCGUAUUUUGUUGAUAUGGAAUUCUCCUAGGGGUCGUUUGCUUGAGUCAUUUGUAUGAGUCAUUUGAUGUUAAAAGACUCGUUUGCUAAAGAAAAAAUGCAUAAGUCAUUUCGUUCAUACGAAAGUCCUAAAUGACUCUAUCAAGUCAUUUCCAAAUACCUCCUAUCCAUGAGGCAUGAGUCAUUGCCAAAUGACUCAUUAUUUAGUUCAAAUGUUCUAACUAUUUUCUUGUCUAUUUUAUGUAAACCCAGUUCUAUCCUUCUCUUUCUAUUAUUUGUUUUCUAUGUAGUCAUUGCUCCGUCGUCUCCCCUCGGAUUUAUAUUUUCUCUCCCUCAAAUUUCAUUGACGCGAAGAAGAGGGUCAUCCACGUAACAUCGCAUCAUUUUCUUCCACCAACACUACCAUUUGUAAUUAGCUUAAACUUCGAGAUUUAUGAAGGUGUUAUCUUUUGUAAAAAAAAGUUAACAUAUAAUUAUUAAUUAAAGUUAGAAAGUAGUAUUAUACAUGGCAAACACCCAAAUAAUAUGUUUUGUUGGUUGCAAAAUGAUUUUGUUUAUAUGGUUGGCUUUAUUAUAAUAGGAAACAAAUUAACAUAACAAUUUUUAAAAAAAUUUAAACAAACAAUGCAUUUGUAAUGCUUACAUUCCCAAAUGUCUACAAUUUCUCAAAUCCUUGCAUUUAAACAAAGACUACAAUGUUGUCUUUAUAAUAAAUCGUUUGUUCGGUCAAUUCUAAGGAAGAAACUAUGCGUAAGCUCAUCCCUGCUAAUUAGCUUCCAAUUAAUCUGACUUAUUGCCUGUUGGUCAUUUCUAAAUAUAUUUGUGGGAACACUACUGUGUAACGCAAAUGGAUACGUCUGGUGAUAUGUAUCGCGGCUGGGUACAUCUGGCAACUUUGGUUGUGUUUGGUACAUCUGGCAAUUUUGGUUGUGUUUGGUACAUCUGGCAACUUUGGUUCCGUCUGGUACAUCUGGUAUUUGAGAGAGAAUUCAAGUCAAGGUGGAGAUUGUUAGAAUAUGACUUGAAUUUGAUUUGGGUUUGUUUUGUGUUUUAGGCCUAUUCUGUUUGGUUUUGGGAUUGAGUUUUGUUUGACCUUUUUUCCUUGUAUGUUUGGGAAAAGGUGUUUGGUUUUCUGUUUGGGAUUAGGAGAAGAGUUCUAUAAAUACUCUUCAUCACCCUAGUCUGUAGUAAGGUCAGUCAGGGUUAGUUUGUUUGGUUUGUCCGUUUGGAAUUUGGUUUGUAACCUGUACUCUCCUCAAAUUAGUGAAAUUUGUCCCCCCUGCCCGUGGAUUAGCUAGCACACAUUGUGUUAGUGAACCACGUUAAAUUUGUGUUCGUUCGUGUUGGUUUGGAUUAUCGAUUGCACGCUUCUGUUCUGACACAAACAAUACAUUUGUAAUGCCUACUUUCCCAAAUGUCUACAUUUCUCCAAUGCCUAUAAACAAAUUAAAAAUGACUACAAUGUUGUCUUUAUAACAAAUUCUAAGGAAGAAACUAUGCGUAAGCUCAUCCCUACUAAUUAGCUUCUAAUUAAUCUGACUUAUUGCCUGUUGCUCAUUUCUAAAUAUAUUUGUGGGAACACUACUGUUAACGCAUAUGGUCGCUGAUUGCGGGGCGUCUGCCGGGAAGAACCGCCAACGAUGUGAAGAACUACUGGAACACCCACCAGAAGAAAAAGACGGCGACGGCGACGGCACCGUUCCCAUGCAAACCAGCCUAUCUUAGCGACGGCCGGCAACCGGCUGCUGGUGCCAAAAACAACAUCUCACGACCCCAGAUAACGAAAGCCAACAUUAUCAGGCCGCGACCUCGUACCUUCUCAUCCAAAAGCCUCUCCUGGCCCAUGAAGCCUGUCGAGCCCAACAAUCCCGCUACAUCAAAUAAGCCCAACAACAAUAUUAUUAAUCUUCAUCAUAAGUUGCCGCCAAGUCAGCAAGAUGAUCGCCGUCGUUGUCAGGAGAAUCAUGACGGCGCCGGAAUCACGUGGAUGGACCAGCACCAGCUAGAGAGAUUCCUCGACGAUGGCAUUAAUAAUAAUCUACCAGUGGCGGUGGACCACGAAGCUGAUCAGUUUCCUCUCGGCCAAUUAAUGUCGUCCAUAUUGCCAGAUCAUCAAGAGAAGAGUGUUGAUGAUAUGAUGAUGUUCCAGGAAGACAACUACCAAAGUUUCUGGAGUGAUCUGGACAUUUGCCAUCUUCUCAGUGAUCGUCAUGACUCAUAUGACGUUUAAUUUCCUCUCGGUGGAUCCCUCAUAAAAAAAAAAGUAGCUCGGUCAAGUCGACUAGUUUCAUUUCCAUUACUUCUCUACAAAAAAAAUAUGUUUAAUUAUACUGGACAAACAAAUGAUUUUCCAGUAUGAACACGUGGAAUGAAGCAUGAGUUUUAUAUGAUAAGUAUUAGUAUGGGUAGUGACUAGUGACAUAUGAUUUUUCAAAAAAAAAGUUCUAAGUAAUUUCUCUAACUCGAUUUGUUUUUUUUAUAAAAUAUCAUUACCGUUUCCAUUCAAGUUUUUUACUCCUAAAGCCUAGGAAAACAAAAAUCUGAAUUAAUAUGAAUGAGAUAUGAUCCUUGAAAGAUUAAUGAGAGUAAAUUAUGAACGACUGAGAAUGCUUUGGAAUGAGUGCUGGCAUUAGAACUAAUUAACCUGUAAGGUUUUUGUGGUGUGGUAAGUUUUCUUGGAUAAAUAAUGCUGAAAUAGUGAA